AGUUGAAAUUCGUCUGCCGGAUGAGUAGGGAAAAACGAACGAUCUGUAACCUAUAAUUAUAAGUUUUUUCUCCGCUUCGCGCUCAGUUGGACUUUCGAAGGCAGAUCGGUGGCCAGGCGUACCACCGUACAUGUUUGCCAGCAUAACCGACGACGUGUCUGCUGCUGCGGUGUGUUUUGUGUACCCAGUGACGACUGUGUUCGUGUGCGAGAGAGUGUUCGGCUACACUUCGGCUCCAUCCAUCCAAGUAGCCAACCAGCCAGCCAGGGUACCCAAAGGUGGCUCUGUGUGCGAAUCGAUUUUUCGGGGGCCUUCGCCGCGUUCCGUUUCAGCCUCCCUCUCGCUCUCGCUCACUCGCUCUCUUUCGUUUUUGCGAGCUCUUCUUUCCUUCGGCUUUUCCGUGCAGUGUGUGUGCCCAAGUCCGCGGCCUAAUGAACGCCAGUGAGAAGAGGACUUAAUAAUAGUGUUUAGAGUUUAAUUUCUGCUUCUCUCAUCAAGAGCAUCUCGGCGAAGCUAGCAGCAACAGCAGCAGCAGCUACUACAACAACUCGCGGAUGCUGGAUGGAGUAACCGAUUUUUCGGUGAAUCUUUUGCGAAGAAAAAUUGAACACCGCGCGCGCCAAACCCGCGAUCCAGCACGCCAAACGCGACGACGAGCAUACGACGGCUCGGACAAAAACGGACGGGUCGGACGGUGUAGAUUAUCCGAACCCCACGGUAGAAUUACAUGGUGUUAAUCCCCUUCUUGACCGGGAUUUUGGCGUGUUUUGUUUUGAAGGAGCCCUUUUGUUUUAAACGUCCCAUCAUCCCCCGGUGUACGGGUUGGAGUGGCGGCUUGAGCGGGCAGUGUUAACCUGUGUGUGUAUGCAUGUACGUAACGUGUAGAUAGUUUUGUGCGAUUUUUGACCACCGGGCAAGCCCAACCGGACCCACUGUGUGUACUAGCAGGCGCAAUUAAAUGAGAUUAAACGUGCCCCAGUGUGCUGUGGAUUAAAGUGAUUACCUAUAGCUACCAGAGGUAGCAGUAGUAGUAGGAAGAAGAAGUUAGCAUACCUUCGGGGAUGAACAUCGAUUGACCUUUUUGUUUUGUUUUGGUUGGAAACGGAGGAUUGAACAGAAAGUGCAACGGUUUUAAUUGAGUGUAUCUUCAUCAUCAUCAUCAUCGGACAGUUUCAUACGGAAGAACCCGUCUGGCGGGAACAUCGCAUCUCUAUCGGAUCGAAUUCGGUAGACCUAACGCGAUUGUGGAUUGAGGUCUGGCCCUCAAGAUGAUGGCCUCACCGAGUUUUAUGACCCAGUAUCACAAUCAUCAUCAGUGGAACAGUAGCAGCCAGACGCAGCUAUCACCCCUCAACAUCCUACCCUACCAGUACCCACCCCAGCCGCCCUCCGUCAGCAGUCUCGGUUCGGUAGCAUCUCUCGGAUCGGCCGGCCUUUCACCGACCCAAUCGAUCGCAUCCUCCAACGGAGGAGGAGGAGGAGGCGGUGGCGGCGGCGGAGGAGGAGGUGCCGGUACUAGCACUGCCAGCAGCAGUUUCAGCACUACCGGCGGAGGCGGCUCAAACGCCGCCAGCCCAGACGUGACCAGCGCGGCAGCAGCGGCUGCCGUUGCCGCCACGACCGCGUACGGUUUCGGCGCAAUGGUCCAGCAAAGUCCGGCUACGGCUGCGGCCCUUGAAAUGACGGCACGAACCCAACAAAUGCACUACCCUUCCUACCAGUACCCGGCGGCUAGCUACUACAACAACAUGGCCAGCAAUCCGUGGUUCGCCCAGGAAUCCAUGUACCAGGGCUGGCACGGAGAAGCCUAUGGACUUAAGCUGGAAGAUUACUCACAUCAAACUCAGGCGCAGCGACGCUGCGCUCGCUGUACCUGUCCGAACUGUAUCAACGAAUUGUCCGGGUUGCCGCCGGUCGUCGGUCCCGAUGAGAAGGGAAAGCGACAGCACAUUUGUCACAUACCGGGUUGCGAGAAAAUCUACGGCAAAACGAGUCACCUGAAGGCGCAUCUACGGUGGCACACCGGUGAACGGCCGUUCCUGUGCAAGUGGUUGUUCUGUGGAAAACGGUUCACCCGGUCGGAUGAGCUGCAGCGACAUUUCCGGACGCAUACCGGCGAGAAACGGUUCACGUGUAGUAUCUGCAGUAAGAAGUUUAUGAGAAGUGACCAUUUGGCGAAGCACGUGAAAACACACGAGAAUAAGGCGAAGAAGAUUGCUAAGAAAAGUGAGAAGGCGGAUGAGGCGAAGCUUAAGAAGGAUGAUGUCCGGUUGGGGAAGAUAGUUGAAGGAGGAGGGAAGAGGCAGUUGGAGGUAGCGGAUAAGAGUGGGCAGUUGACGGUGCCCAAGGUGAAGAAGUCGAAGGCGGUUGAGCAACCGGAAGAUAUCAAUGCGAAUAUAAGGAUGCCUCAUAUUAAACAGGAGAAGGGGUAUGAUUGCGGUGGAAAAACUAUGUUCUCGGGAAUGGGAGAGUACGGACAGGGCGGUGGCUAUCAGUCACCGGCGGUUAACUAUCACCACCAUCCGUCUUCGUACUUCCAGAGUGCGUUUCUGCAGGACGCGACAGUUCCGAGUAAAAACCUGUUUCACAAUCCCUACUGCGAUAGCAGUUUCCAGAGUCGAACGAAUCUGUUCUCUACCUCGACGAGUAGCAGCGGUGGUGAUUCGCUAGAACGAAGAAUCAGCGGCAGUAACAACAACAAUAACAACAACGCAAGCGAAGUUAGCAAUAGUCUAGUGAAGUUGGAAGAGUACACGAAUAGUCAUAGUUUACUGAACAACGAUAACGGUGCCAGCGGCGGCGGCGGCCAUCAACAGCGGAGUACUAGCAGCUCUAACGCCAGCAGUAAUCUACUACCUCACUCGCAAGCUCAAGUGUACCACAUCAACGCGGAUCUAGCGUCCAAUUAUGCGGCAGCCUACUCGAAUGUGAAAUUAGGAGCGGCUUCAGCGUACCAUCAUCACCAUCCAAGUCACCCGCAUCAUCAUCAUCAUCACCAUCAACACGCUGGCAGCACUGGCAGUAGUUAUGACAGCAGCAGUACUAGCAUCAACGAAUCAAACAAUAAUAAUAAUAAUAAUAACGGUACCUCACCAGUGGCGUCAGCGAUUCCGUCGGCAGCAUCCGCGUACAAUAUGAUGAUGAACAAUUACACAAUCCAUCAUCAUCACCAUCAUCAUCAACAGCAACUGCAGCAGCAGCAGCAGCAACAACAGCAUCAGCAGGAGAUCGAACUCUUCAAAUAACCAAGCUUUGCACUCAACACGACAACAACAGCCUACUAGUAGUGUGUAAAGUGUCAGAUAUUGUUUUGAUUUUGCGAAAGAGAUUUAACAGGGACGGUUUCCUUUGUUGUGUCGUCCCCAAUACACAAUCUGUCCAAAAUGGUGAGAUUUUUAUGAAGUUCCUUUUGUUUUGUGGUGCCCCGAAGUUGCCGGCCAGAGAAGCAAGCCAGCCGUAGUUUUUGUUUUUACUUGUACGCCUUUUUUUUUGCUGUAGUUUGUCUUUGGUUAGGGCGAAAUGCCGCCGCGGGAAAAUGCGUUUUUUUUAGCUGCCUCAAAAUACAAAUAGCCCCUUCUCCCGAGUGCCAAUACAUAGCUUUAUUUGCUACUCUUUUACUUUUUAAUUUUUCCUGUUACCCGAGAGAAGAGAAGUGAACGCGUGAAACGAAACUAUAAAAUUAUGUCAUGAUUUAUUUAUGUUCCUACAAUUGUCAGCAAGCGGAAAGAUGGAAAAUGUUUCUCUCUCAUAACUGAAGAAAUAAAACGGAUUGCAUACUCUCAAA